CUACAAGUUCCUGUCUUUUAUUCCAUUUACUUUGCUAAGUUUGAAGUUGAAGGGACAUGACCUUAGUUAAAGAUGACUAACUGGUUUCCUGAAUCAUUUACCUUACCUUUGGAGGAAGAUGUCAUUGUCUAUGCAGAACCCAAUUCUUUCUUGUAGGAGGUGAUAAUUAAUCUUUGCUGGCAACACAGGAUUAAUGUGCUGGUCUUUACAGUAAGUACUGGGAAGUCAGAAUAUUUACUCAUACCUCCCAGGUCACGUUUGAAGUAAGGACUAAGUACCAGGAACUUUCCCACAGCCAUUGGACCUACCAGCUUCUGUGAUGUCCUGUCCAGAGGUACAAAGCAUCCUGGGCAGUAGCAGACAACCUCAGGCAGAGGCAGCUGCUGGAACGCACCCACCCCUUUCUUCAACAGCCUUCCAGACAGCGAGAGAGAGGGGAGCUUCAGCCGCCGCUGAGAUGUUCAAAGGGGUGGGCAAAGGCUCGCCAAGCAGAAGCUCCCCAAGCAAAGGGUCCCCGAUCAAGCAGCCCAAAUCCUCAAGCACAAAUGACUUGGCUGUGCUCAUCUCUCGCAUGCAAAAAAAUGCUGACCAGGUGGAAAAGGACAUCCUUGAAACACAAAACAAACUUAAGCAGGACAGCAGUUACCGCCAGCAGAACAAGCCUUUUGAGUUCCAGCAGGAGAAUGCCAAAAACCUGAAAGAGGCCGAGGUGCUACUGAAGGACCUCUUCCUAGAUGUGGACAAAGUCAAACGCCUGAAGCACCCUCAGGCCUUGGAAAUUGAAAAAGACAUCAAGCAGCUGCACGGCCGAGUGACACACCAAUGUGCCGAAUAUCGAGAUCUGUAUGAAAAGUUUACGCUUCCUGAAGCUGGUUCCAAAGUGGACUGGGGGAAAAUUCUAGAACAAAAGCAGAAAGAAAUCGAUGCAGGGAAAUAUGGACCUACUAUGCCAGAGCUGGAGAAACAGGUAGCAGAACACAACAUCCUUCAGAAGGAAAUUGAAGCAUAUGGACUCCAGAUCAAGAACCUUCAUAUUCCGGAAGCAGAAGAUUUAAGGAGCCGGCACAAGAAAUUGCUGAAAGCCUCUAUCUGGCGGGGCCAGAGCUUGGGCAGCCUCUAUACACACCUCCAGGGUUGCACUAAGGAGCUGGGUUACCUCACAGAGCAGCAGAACAAGAUAUUGAGGCAGGACUGGAGUGACCAGAUGGCUGACCCCCAGUCUGCGCGGCGUGCGUACGAGGAUUUCAAAAAUAAUGAACUCCUUAACCAAGAAGAGUAUGUGAAUACCCUCCAAGAUGAUGGAGAGAGGAUGGUCGAACUGAAGCAUCCAGCUGUGAGCCCAAUUCAGGCUCAUCAGGAAGCGCUUAAGAAUGAGUGGCAGAAUCUUCUCUACUUGUGCAUCUGCCAAGAGAACCACCUGAAGAACAUAGAGAACUACAGAAAGUUCUAUGACGAUGCUGAUGCUGUGAGCCAUUCGCUAAACAAGCUGAACAAUGACCUUGAUACGAAAUACAGCUUGUUCAACAAGGACAGCCCGGGAGUGGUGUCUGAUUUAUUCCUUCAGCUGGAAAACGAUGAGAAGUCUGUGAAACAAGCUGAGAGGAGCAUUGCUGAACUGAAAAGGAGGAGCAAGGAGAUUAGCCCUUUGAAACUCCGCAGACUCCAACCCUCCCAGCCAAUUACCGUGACUACCAUCUGUGACUGGGAUUUGGGUGAUGGGCGGCUCGAGAUGGGUGAGAAGUAUAUGUUGCAUGACAACAGCAACCAGGAAAACUGGGUCGUGCAGAAUGCCAGUAGAGAGACUAAGGUAGCACCUGCUGUUUGCUUUUCCAUCCCCCCUCCAGAUCUAGAGGCCAUAGAGAGAGUUAACAGGCUGGAAGGUGAGCUGAGCGCAGUGAAGCAGAGGAGAGCUACAGUCCAGAACACCUUGAAAAGCAGCCAUAGGGAACCAGUUAAAUCCAGCCACCAGGUUCCAGUCAGAAGCACCACUGUGGCCCAGGAUGAUCCCCAAGCCAGCCAGUUGCUCCAUAAAUUGGAUAAUGUUGGUGGUAACUUGGACCAAGUCAAGAAUGAGAUUUUUAGCCGCCUGAGGUCUCCACUAAACCACAGUGACCCUGUAGAGGACCUUACUCAACGGAUCAGAGAGCAGGAGGGAACAGCAAGGAGACUUCAAGUCAUAGGAGCAGAAAAGGAAGCUGCCCAGAAGGAGUGUGAGGCCUAUCUUUCCAAGAAGCCUGCUGGCACCUCUGCCUCUCAGCUUCCUGUGACACUCAACAACAUCAAGAACAAAUACAAUGAUGUUAAGGUGCUCUCCAGGCUCUAUGAGGAAAAAGCCAAAGCAGGCCUGAACCUGGAGAAUCAGAUAGAGAACACAGACAAGAUCAUCAGCACCCUUGAGGCCAAGUUAUCUCAUGAUGGCAUCAUCCCAGCCUCACCCAAUGCACUGCAGGAUCGUGCCAAUGAACUUCAGAAACUGAAGCGAGAUUUGGUGAAACAUGAGGACAGCUUGCUGAAGCUGAACCGCAGCCUCAAGGAUGCUGAGCACAGCUGCAGUGCAGUGCAGAACAAUUUUGAAGAGUACUGCGCUGAUCUGCCAAGGCAGAAAAAGGAAGUCCAGCUACUUAAUGACCGAUAUCAUGCUGUUGCUGACCAGCUGGAUCACCGGGAGAAGACUCUCUGGAACACCAGCCUCACCUACCAACAGUUCCAAAAUGCCAAUGAGAACCUAAUGUUCUGGCUCAACAAUGUUCCCAAGUACCAGGUCAAGACCACAGAUGGACCCAGCCAUGUCAACUACAAGCUCCAGGCGCAGAAGAGGCUGGCAGAUGAAAUCCAGAGUAAAGAAUCUGACAAGGAUGCUGUGGUCAACUUGUCCCAGAAUGUGCAGACUGUCCUCAACGAGUAUGAGCUUCAGGCAGGAAAAUACCGAUCUUCCCUAGACCCUUCGUUGACUGCUUCUUCGGCAAAACGCCUCCGGGUGACACCACUUCAGGAGAGCAUCCAAGCACAGGAAAAAAACGUGACAAAGCUCUUCACCGAGACAGCUGCCCAAAACAAAGAGCAACUCAGCCGGCUGGAAUUUGCCAAGAAAGUUAUGGACAAGAAGGAAGUAGAUGAGACAGUGCACAUGAUGCACGAGCAGACCCAGCAGUCUGAAAACACAGCUGGGUCCCAUAGAGAAUCAGAAGCCCUAAAAUCUCAGCUGGAAGAGGAACGGAGCAAGAAAGCCAGGGCUCAGCAGCAGCUGGAAGAGCAGAGGAGCAAACUUCUCAUGCUGAAGACCCAACGGCCUAUUGAAAGAGUGGAGGAGAAAGAAGUGAUGGAAUACUACAGGGAUCCCACUCUGGAGAGUGACCUGUCCAAAAUAUCUAAUCAAAUUGAAAAUGAAAUUAAGAAGAGAAGGGGUCUACAGGCAGAUAUUGAGAUAAUGAACAAUAAGGUCCUCCAAAUGGAGAAAGAUAGUAAGGUUGUUAAAGCCCAGCUGCUUACAAAAGAAAUUACUAAGAUAGAGAAAGACCCAAGCCUAGAUGCUCAAGCAGCCAGACUCCGAGAGGAAAUCAGGCACCUCCAGGAGAACUCAACUUCCUCCUCCGAACUUGAACGGCUCAGGAAAGAGCUGCACUUGCUGGAGCAGAUGCAGCCAAACAUCCGAGAGAAAGUGGUGCUGAAAGAGGUGGUCAAGCUGGAGAAGGACCCAGAAAUGCUAAAAGCAGUCAGGACAUUGCAAAUGCAAAUUGACAAAGACAGCUUCAAGAGGAAGUCUCUGGUGGAUACAAUUGCUAAACUGAAAAGCAGGACGGAAGAGCUUGAAAAGCUGAUUGAAAUGGCAGAACCUAAAGUCAUUGUGAAGGAGGUAAAGCAAGUGGAGCAAGACCCAGAGCUUCUGAAGGAGGCAUCCAAGCUUCAGACUCUCAUUGAUGAGGAGAGAAGCAAGAACUCGUUGCUAGCAAGCCAACUGAUAGAGCUGCAGAGCAAAUACAGCACUGUGGAAAAGCAAAAGCCUAAAGUGGAGGUUAAAGAAAGAGUCAACGAGAUAUUUCGUCUUGACCCAGAAACAGAAGAGGAGAUAGCACGUUUGAAGAAAGAGCUCCAAGAAGCUUCAAGAAAAAGGUCAAGGGUUGACCAAGAGGUGGAAAGAGCCCUGACUGAGCUCAAAGUCCUUAAGUCUCAGCCUCCCACUGUGGAGUUUAAAGAGGUCAUCGAAGAAGUGGUGAAGAUGGAAAAGAGUCCAGAGAUUCUGAGAGAAAUAGACAGGCUGAAACAGCAGCUGAAUGACCUUGUGAAUACAAAUGGCAGGUCCCAAGAACAGCUGAUCAGGCUACAGGGAGAGAGAGAUGAGUGGAAGAGGGAAAGAUCCAAGGUAGAAACCAAGCUGGUUACCAAGGAGGUUGUCCGAUAUGAGAAAGACCCUCUGUUGGAGAGAGAAGCUGAACGCCUCCGCCAGGAAGUACGUAAUGUAUCACAAAAGAGGAGAGCAACCGAAGAUGCCAUCUAUGACCUGCAGAACAAGUACAUGCUUCUGGAGAGGAGAAAACCAGAGGAAAAAGUGGUGGUCCAGGAGGUAGUUCUCACUCAGAGAGACCCAAAACUCAGAGAUGAGCACAGCAGGCUAAGUAAGAGCUUGGAUGAUGAAGUGAGCAACCGCCGACGCCUGGAACGUGAAGUCCAGCAGCUUCGAGCUGCGGUGGAAGAGAAAGAGAAGCUGCUUAACUUCCAAGAAGACAGAAACAAAAGGCUAGCCUUGGAAAAGGAAAUGCGGCAGAUCACCUUGAGGAUAAAGGAAAUUGAGGAGAGCCCAGCCCCAGUGCAGGAAAAAAUAAUCACAGAGGAAGUGGUCAAGGUAGAGAAGGAUCCUGUUCUUGAGCAGUCCAGUACCAACCUGCGAAUUGAACUGGAUAACGAAAAGGCUCAAGUAUCAAGCCUGCAGAGGGAAUGUAAGAAACUUCAGUCCCAGAUUGAUGUUCUGCAAAAAGCAAAGUCUCAGGAAAAAACCAUCUACAAGGAAGUAAUCAGAGUAGAAAAGGAUAGGGUGCUAGAAAAUGAGCGAGCUCGUCUCUGGGAUCUGCUAAGCAGAGAGAGAACAGCCCGGCAGAAUGCAGAAGAAGAUAUCAGGCGUCUCAAGGAAAAGAUUGAAAGAGCAGAAGGCAUGACGAGAACGUGGUCCAAAGAAGAAGCCGAUCUCCAAAGAACUCGCAAUCUGACAAGGCAAGAAAAAGACAAUCUUGAGAAUGAAUUAAACGAACUAGAAAGGCAGAAGCAACAGAAAAUCCUUUUCCUUAGAGAGCAGACCAAGCUCCUGAGCCAAAGGACAGAGAAUGACAGACAAAAGAAGAUGCAAAUUGGUCAAGAGCUUUCUUCCCUUGAAGCAGACAUACUUAGAGAGAAGGAUCAGAUCUAUGAAAAAGAGAGGGCUAUCCGGGAACUCCAAACCAGAGUUAACAAGGAAGAACUGAACCAUGAGACCCAGAUGAGAGAAACUAACCUCUCCACAAAGAUUUCUAUUCUGGACCCAGAGACUGGCAAGGAUAUGUCACCCUAUGAGGCAUAUAAGAGAGGCAUGAUAGAUCGAAGUCAAUAUAUUCAGCUGCAGGAACUAGAAUGUGAUUGGGAAGAAAUCACAACGCUGGGACCCAAAGGCGAUGUUUCUGUGCUCCUUGACAAGAAGAGUGGGAAGCAGUACUCCAUUGACGAUGCCCUGCGGUUUAGGAGGAUCACAAAAGAAGAAUACCAGCUCUACAGGGAAGGCAAGAUCCCCAUCUCUGAGUUUGCUCUGCUGGUAGCAGGAGAAACUAAGCAAAAUUCCUCCCUUUCUAUUGGUUCAAUCAUUUCCAAGUCUCCAGUUUCAUCCCCUAUAUUCCAGCAAAAGCAGAGCUUCUUCCCUCCUGGCGCGCAGAUAACCUUCUGUGAUGAUACCUUCCCCAUUGCCGGUGUGUAUGACACUACCUCCGACAACAAGUACAACAUAAAGUCUGCACUUAGCAAGAAGCUGGUGGACCCAAUGACUGCUCAAAAGCUUCUAGAGGCCCAAGCGGCUACUGGAGGCAUUGUUGAUCUUAUCUCACGUGAUCGAUACUCUGUCCACAAAGCCAUUGAUAGAGGGCUGAUAGACAACACCUACAUGCAAAGGCUGCUGAAUGCUCAGAAAGCUUUUACAGGGAUUGAAGAUCCAGUCACCAAGAGAAGGCUGUCUAUAGGAGAGGCAGUCCAGAAAGGGUGGAUGACCAAGGACAAUGCCUUUCCCUAUUUACAGGUCCAACAUCUGACUGGAGGGCUAAUAGAUCCCAAGAAAACUGGCCGUAUCCCCGUGCCAGAAGCUUCCCAGGCUGGCAUGCUUAGUAGUGAUCUGGCCAUGAUGCUACAAGAUGAAUCCAGCUAUGAAAAGGAUCUUGUUGACCCAAUCACCAAAGAGAAGAUUAAUUACAAGGAAGCCAUGGCUCGUUGCCGGAAAGAUCCUCAAAGUGGGCUCCUCCUCCUUCCAACCACAUCUGAUGGAUACCAGUCAUAUCAGUUCAGGCACUGAGAAAAUAAGAAAUCCUCAACAGAGCUCAUAUACUGUCCACAGAUGAACAGAGUGCCUGGCAGUUCUAAAUGGCUGUGUGCUAUUCUAGAUUGCUAGUCUUACUUCACUAUAACAAGGCAGCAAUGCACCUUUAAGAUGCAUUUCUGAAGGUAGAAGGGUUCUAAUGCAGGAGUUACUGCAUAGCAGUGGUUCCCAAACUUCCCCACCCCACCCCAUGGACCACUUGAAAAAUGUUGAGGGUCUUUGCAGAUCUCUUAAUGAUUUAUCUGCCUGUUGUAGCAAUUGUGAUGUGCUGUGCUAGAUGAUUUUUCAUUGUAUUUUUACAGAAAUGCUGCAGGCCACCCGAAUGAAGCUUAUGGACCACUAGUGGUCCAGGGACCAGUUUGGGAACCCCUGCUGUAUACUAUAGGGAAAUAAAUGGGAUUUUAAAAAUAAACAGAUAUGCUUGGGAAACUUUUACUCUGUGCCUUCAUGGCAAGUUUAAAGGGUUGUGUAUCAAGGAGCUUUGAGUUAGAUGGUUGUCAUGCAUGCAAUAAAAAAGUUAAAAGAUUGAA